CAAUUUUCUCUGUUAACCACGACAGCAGCUUUCGUCGGCGUAAUGGCUUCGGAGGCGCCCAAGGAACUGCCCACUCGUCCUGCUGUAGAUGCGAAAAUGGCGAACCAGGGAAACUCACUGCCCGAUUUUAUUAUCGAACGGAACAACCUCUUCGAAGAGCUAUGGCAGGAACACCUCAAGGAGCAAGCGAAUAAGCCCAAGCCGGAAAUCAACAUCACAAUCGAUAUCGGAGAUGGCAAGCCGUCUACAGUUAUUGCGAAGGCCUGGGAAACUACUCCUGGAUCGUUUCUGAAAGACGUCCCCAAAGAACUCAGCGCCAACGUUGUGGUUGCGAAGAUAGAUGGAAAGGAACUUUGGGAUCUGAACCGCCCAUUGGAAAGGGAUUGCAAGAUUUCGUAUCUGCCUUUCGAUCAUCCGGAGGGGAGAGAGGUUUUCUGGCAUUCUAGUGCUCAUUGCCUGGGUGAAGCUUGUGAGCAUGAGUACAAUUGCCUUCUUUCUCAUGGACCGCCUACUGCGCAGGGUUUCUUUUACGACAUGGCUAUACCGGAUGGACGCGUUGUUAAAGAGUCCGAUUGGGCAAUCCUCGACAAGAAGGCGGCGCAGGUUUUCAAGGAACGACAAAGCUUCGAUCGAUUGGAGGUCACGAAGGAUAAUCUCAAGAAGAUGUUUGCCUACAGCAAAUACAAACUUCACUAUAUAAAUCACUUGGUGGAAGGAGAGAAAAGCACAGUCUAUCGCUGCGGUACCCUAGUCGAUCUAUGCCGAGGACCUCAUAUCCAAAACACAGGCAAGGUUAAGACGUUCAAGAUUAUGCAGAACUCUUCAGCGUAUUUCCUUGGUGAUCAGUCGAAUGAUUCGCUGCAGCGUAUUAGAGGUGUCGCUUUCCCUGACAAGGCUGCCAUGAAGGAGCACUUGAAGUUUCUCGAAGAAGCCGAGAAGCGCAACCACUUGCGAAUUGGUAAAGAACAAGAGCUUUUCUUCUUCGAUGAAGCUUCUCCUGGAUGUCCAUUCCUCCUUCCGAACGGAACCAAAAUUUUCAAUGCCUUGCAAAAGCUUUUACGGUCAGAAUAUCGCAAACGUGGAUACCAAGAGGUGCAGACCCCUAAUAUGUACGACGUGGGCAUUUGGAAGACCUCGGGUCACUGGGCUCAUUACUCGGAUGAUAUGUUUAAAUUAGACGUCGAGAAAAGGCAAUGGGCACUCAAGCCUAUGAACUGCCCAGGCCAUUUUAUGCUUUUUGGGCAUCGCGAUAGAAGUUAUAGAGAAUUGCCUCUUAGAAUUGCCGAUUUCGGUGUGCUUCAUAGAAAUGAGGCAUCUGGUGCUCUUCACGGUCUCACGCGUGUGCGAAAAUUCCAGCAGGAUGAUACUCAUAUUUUCUGUACUCCUGAGCAGAUUUCAUCUGAAAUUGAAGCUCUCUUUGAUUUCUUGAAAGCCAUCUAUGGACUGUUCGGUUUCACUUUCAAGCUGAAACUAUCUACUCGACCAGAGAAAUACAUGGGUGCGAUCGAGGACUGGAACUAUGCCGAAGAACAGUUACGUCAAGCAUUGAACAAGUUCAAGGGCGACGACUGGGAGUUAAACGAAGGCGAUGGCGCAUUCUACGGACCUAAGAUCGACAUCACCAUCGCAGACGCAUUGAAGCGAGAAUUCCAAUGCGCCACCAUCCAACUCGACUACCAAGCGCCCCUCAAUUUCAAAUUAGAAUACAUUACCAACGAAAAAGCCGUCGCUGUUAGUGACGAUAAAAAGGAUGGCGAAAACAAAUCCAAAGACGCAGGUGUCGGCCGCGCCCGCCCCGUCGUUAUUCACCGUGCCAUUAUCGGCAGUUUUGAGCGUUUCCUUGGUAUUCUCACUGAGCAUUUUUGCGGUAAAUGGCCGUUCUGGAUCAGUCCUCGACAGAUCCUGAUUGUGCCUGUCAUGCCGGCAUUGAAUGACUACGCAAAGGAGCUCCAGGAGAUUCUGCAGGGCGAUAAGUUGAACGUCGACGUGGACGUCAGUGGCAACACCCUGCAGAAGAAGAUCCGCACUGGCCAACUUGCUCAAUAUAACUUCAUUUUCGUCGUCGGUGCGCAAGAAAAGGAAAGUCGGACGGUCAAUAUUCGCAACCGUGACGACCCGUCUAGUCAGAGCAAGGGUGAAUUGGUCCCUCUCGACGAGGCUCGUGUGAAGUUGCAGGCUUUGAAGAAGGAGCGUAGACUUGUCAAUGCGUUGUAAUUAAAAAUCACGGUGGAUGAAGAAUACAACGGAUGAUAUGAAUUAUACCAAGUUUGCAUUUGACAAAAGAAUACUAAAAGCGAUCAUACCAAUUCAUUCUUAAAUAUACUUCAAUUAAUCAAUUCAUUGACGUUACGAGACAAUCCGGCAAUUUCAACAUCAAUUGCGGUCAUAUUUGACGAUACCAUAUGCAAUACAUUUCCUCUCAAGCCCACAUGUGCGCCGAUAGUCUUCGUCUAAUCAUUAAAGUGAAACCGGCGUUUUCCGUGAUGCGUCGAUUCGAUACAGAUCGUACAUCCCACUGUACAUGUAUUUAAAAUUGAAGUGGGAUGACCGAAGGAUUUGCAUGCUGGUAUCACACCAUGAGCCCUACGUCCUCUCGCUUACCCACUAGAAAAAAAUACAUGAAACAAGUGGUUUACCAAGAGCACGAAAGUAGUAACGAUACUAUUGAAGUUAAUAC